AAAGACAAAUCUCAGGUAGGAGAACGAGAUAGGAAAAAAUGGCACAAGCACAACCUGAGGAGAAAAUCCAAGACAGUACCCAAGAAAAGUACAUGAAAGAAACAAACGACACUGCAGCUUUCAAAUUCAAUGCCCACGCACCUGAAUUUGUCCCAAGAUCACACACUCAAUUGCCCGUCUCGGGUUAUUUCUAUCCAUGCUUUAACUUUCUUGGCGGGACUGGUACUGGGUCUGAGUGGUUCAUUGUUAGUGAUCAAGAGCCUGCAUUUUUUAUUUCCAACACGAAUGUCGCACCACCCGAUCGCUCCAAGAACAUUCUCACGGAUGAUCUUAAGCAGAAGAUCAUCAAACAGGUGGAAUAUCAGUUGAGCAACAUGAGUCUGCUUUCAAAUGAAUCUUUGGCGAAACACGUAAAUAAAGAUCCCGAAGGUUAUGUUCCGAUAUCUGUUAUUGCUUCAGCCAAAAAGAUCAAGUCCCUUGUUAGCAAUAAUCCCAACCCUGUACUUGCCCAAGCACUUCGGUCCUCUUCAAGGCUUGUGGUGAGUGAUGACGGCAAGAAGGUUAGACGGAAAGAUCCUUUCACUGAGAAAGAGAAAGAGGAGUUGCAGGCUCGUAUUGUUGUUGCAGAGAACUUGCCCGAAGAUCACUCUCAUCAAAACCUUGAGAAAAUACUUGGUGUGGUUGGAAGUGUGAAAUCAAUUCGAAUAUGCCAUCCCCAGGAACCCAAUUCAUCUCGCUCCAAAGGCGAUUUUUUAGUUAGUAACAAGCUACAUGCACUUGUGGAAUAUGAGUCUACAGAGAUAGCUGAAAAAGCGGUUGAGAAAUUGAAUGAUGAAAGGAACUGGAGAAAAGGGCUCCGAGUAAGGUUGCUGCUUAGACGCUCGCCAAAAUCUGUUCUAAAGAACAGAAAGACAGAGUUUGAUGGCAUCUUAGACGAGGACGAGGCACCUGAAUCUCCCGGAGAUUCAUGUCAGCCAAACAACAUAGAAUCUGUCUUAGAGAGCAACGCUGAGGAAAAUGCAGUGGGAUCAAAGAAAUUAGGAUGGGGUCGAGGACGUGGAAAAUCCAGAGGACGUGGCCAAAGCUGCCAUAGUGGAGGACGUGGGCUGCAUGCCCCAUCUCCACAAUCGAACAGCGGCAUUCAGGCCGAAACAUCUGCCAAACAGGCCGCUUCCAAGGGACCAAGAAUGCCGGACGGGACAAAGGGUUUCACCAUUGGACGAGGCAAGCCAUUGAUUACUCCAGCUCCAGUCACUUCACCUUGAUUAAGGGUGAUUUAAUUGGGUGCUGCUCUGAUUUUGUUUUGUUUUUGCUCUGUUAUGGUUACUAUGGGGAAUUGAGUAGCCUAUAUUACGUGGAUUUUAUUAUUAUUACUAAUCACGGCGACUUUAUUAAUUAGUCAAAAAAAUGUAUAGCAUUGUAUGCCACGUUGUAGCUCAUGAAAUGAUUGUAGGUUUUUUUUUGUCACACUUUUUUGUAAGCUUGCCAUUAUGUCAGAGCAUGGUAUCUUCGAUUGGGAUUCAGCUCAUCUGUUAUUUGUAGAUUUGUUCAAAUUAAUAAUACAAUUGAUGACGGGUACAAUAUUA